AUGACUGUUUCGCCACGUACAAGUGGGUUGGAUAUCGGAGGGAAGUUUGUUAUUGAUAUAGAGGCAAUUGAAACAUGUCCGGGUUACAAUAACUACGUUAUUGAGCUUGUUGAAGGAGUAUUUGUGAGUAAGGCUAAAUACGUCGGGACAGACGCUGAUGAUCUGUAUAAGAAUUUGCUGAAGCCUAUGAUAAAGACUGGAAAUGAUUUUAUGUCUGAGAAUCUCUGCGGUUUGAAGUUUAUCGGGUGUGGGGAAGACAUGUUGAAGCUACUCGAGAUGAUGCGGGUUUUCGAAGCGUCACCCAUGUUUAUGAAAUCCCCAGGAACCAUGAUGGUAGCUGCUUCAGCUUAAAAUCUUACAUAUUUAUAGUUGCACAGGCAAACCUACUGCAUGGACAUUGCAACCCUUGCUUUAUUUCAUUAUAUAUUUUAAAACUUUGUUAAUUAAGUCCAGUCAUCAGCUGAAAUAGUGAAGUUUUAUUGUACAGAAUGGUUAAAAUUAAAUUCUGAUGUGUAAAUAGUAGAUUAUUGUAAAUAAUACUGUAUGUAAUUAGUGCCUGUUACAAAUAAAUUCACUUAUUUUAAGA